UUAUGAGCGUGCAUUAAUCCCACACUGAGUAUGGGUCAAAGGUGCAUCCUGACCUUGUCUGGGGCAGGUCACUUACACCUGUGUCUGAUACUCAUCGUCUAUUUGGAUUUGACUUUGACUCUUAAUCCACGUGAACAGGAUUUGGAAAAACAAAAAUGCGUGACGACAGAACUCGGCAAAUAUUCUCGACUCUCUUUCGCUCUGCCCUUCAGUCUCGCCAUAAGCCCUCUGUCACGUGGCUGGUUGCAAUUCGUGGUAUAUUUCGGCAAUAAUGAUACGUCUCUGUAUCACUUCAACGUCUACAACGAAGGCGGGAAAACGACGGUUUCUCUUCAUGACGCAAAUGGAAUCAACCUUUGGGAAGAGGUUGGGCUGCCAUCUGUUGGACGAUCCUUCCAAAUGGUUUACGUGGAGGAGGGGAUGGGUUUUACCUUCGAUGAGGGGAAUGAGAAGGAUGAGGAAGAUGAGGAAAAUGAGGAAGAUGAUAAUAAUGAACAUUAUUCCAAAAGCAGUGAGAAUUUUACCUCUGAGGAUGAAGACAGUAUUGUAAGCGAGACUGUAAAAUUUUGUUUAUGUGUUAUACACACGAGCCAGCCAAUUUGUCUUAUUAAUUGGACCUAUUUAGACGACAUAGCUUUAUUUUUUUUUUACUUUUAAAGAUCUUGAGGCAGAACCCUGAAGCGAAAGAAGCCCCGGGGCGGUUUCGGCAAAUCAGAAGACACACAUGAAAGAAUCCUUGGGAGUCGGAAAAUCCCAUGAUAGAGACCCUCCUGUAAGUAAGACCGUGUAGUUUCGUUCAAGACAUUUAUAUCGAAUCCUUUUCUUUUACCUUCAAAGGUCUCGGGGCAAAAUCAUGAAGCAAAAGAAGCCACAGAAUCCAAAGGGAAGAAGAUGAUGAACUUUUCAGUGCCGGAACUAGACGUUAGGGACAUCAGAAGCGUACAGCUGUACAGCGUUGGCAAACCGAUGAAGUUUUGUGUGUUAAAAGAUGCAAAGAGUGCCGCUACGUCAAAAACCUCAGCUACACAGCCGUCUACUCUAGAAAGGGAUCAGGCAGACCACAGUUAUUAUUCACCUGCCCCUGAAAAGACGCCUGGUGAUGACGACGAGACAGGAAGGAGCUCAGCUGAUUCAGACCAAAGCUAUUUGACAUCCUCCACUGGAAAAGCGACUGGAGAUCCCGAGAGAGGCAGAACUCCUGGUCUCCUAACAGAAUACAGCUUCGGGACAGACGUGGAAAGGGAAGCACCGAAUCGAGAGAGUCAGCCAGUGAGUCACAGCGCCGUUACACAUGCUACAGAAAAGACGCUUAGGACCGAAACGGAGACGGGAGGCAGAUCCGUCCCUCCUGGAAAACACGAGUCCCAAGCGGACCUGACCUGCGAGUGUGAUCGGCUGGGGAACCUGAAAUAUUACAAGAUAAUAAUCAUUUCUCUGGGCGGGAUGCUGUUCGUGACGCUCCUCGCACUCACCCUCGCCAUGGUCUACGUCAGGAUACUGAAGCAGAGGAACCGUAGGCUGCUUUCCUCUGACUGCGCCACUCUGAGCAUGACAAGGGAUGAAGUCAUUCGCCUCAUGCUCGGGCCAAUUGCCAAGGCGACCGUGGACGUCAAGGAACCGCCUGCAGUCGAAGUUCUAAAGCCCUCUGUUGCCUGCCCGCCCGAUCUCCUUCAUGGGAACGGCGCUCCUUGCCUGGCGACGCCGGCCGUUCACGAUCCUUAGAACGUGUGGAAAGACGUCUGAUCCAUGGUAGCGAUGGUAACUGCAACAAUGAAAGCAGUAAUAAUAUAUAUCAACAAUAACAAUAACAAAAAUGAUAACAUAAACUACAACAGUAGGAAAAACAACCAUAACAACAAAAAUAGCAACAGUAGCUAUGACAACAUUAACACUAACACCAACACCUAUAACAUUAAAUCCAAUAACGAGAGCAGUGAGGAUCAUUUAAAUGAAUUAGCACAUUAGCAAAAUGUUGAUAAGUAUUCCGACAAAAACCGUUAUAAUGACGGAAAGUGAUUUUGCUUUAAAUGUUGUUUAUUUGCAUGAAGGUCAUUAGACUGCAUUCACUGAUCGUAGUUUCAUUGUAUGAACUGAAGCCCAGUUAAGACUUAUCGAUUUUCACCAAACUUAAUUCUGGUCAACUAAGCUGCAUCUCUUGUUUCGUAAGUCUGUGAUGGCAACAUAAUGUGACACGCAAAUUAGUUUAUUAUUUUCACACUUUUCGGGAUCCAGGGAAGG